UUGCAAUAACGUGAAUUCAGAUACGGUGAACGCUAAAGUCACAUGACUUAAACCGUAUUUCAUCUUUACGUGCUCUAACCAAUAAGAGUUUUUGCGCAACGGACGCAGGACGCUACGGUGACAUAAGAUGGAGGACUUAUUACAGCUUGCCAUGUACGAUUUUAAUUUCGUGGAAGAUGUUAUUAUACAAGAGUUGUUGGCACCACGUAAUAAUGCCUUUAUUAGAAAUAUGCAAUAUGAAGGAUUAGAUUUAAAUAAUUUGAUGCCACAGGAAUGUAAAGCAAAAUUUCGAUUUGAAAGAGAACACAUUGGAAGACUUGCAGCUGCUCUUGGUAUACCUUACCAAAUAGAAACAGAAAAUCGAUAUGUCGUUUCAGGUAUAGAAGGUUUAUGUAUAUACUUGAGACGUUUAGCAUAUCCUAAUAGACUGUCAGAUUUAGAAAUUAAAUUUGGCCUGUCUGUUCCUUAUCUCUCAGUAAUUUCCAAUACUGUAAUGAGACUAAUUCAACGACAGAAAGGACAUUUAUUGACAGAUCUAAAUAAUCUACCAUGGCUUAAUAGAAACAAGCUCGAAUAUUAUUCACAGGUGAGAGGCUACAAUUAA